AUGGCCGGUCGCGGAAUCGCUCUGACGAAGCCGGCAUGGAUGAAGGAGCAGGAGGAGAAGGCUAAAGCAGAAGCGUCUCGAGCAGCAGCCAUCGCCGCCGCCAAGGGCGGCGCAGCAGGCGGAGGCGACGACACCGACAGCAGCGACGACGAGGAGGAGGACGAAGCGCAGCGACUCGCGAAGAAACCCAUCGGCCCCGUCUGCCCCGCCAAGUGCUCCGCCGCGGGAUCCGGCGUCGGGGGUGGAUCGGCGGGCGCGCCCGUGUCGUUCAUUAUAGUCCUUAAAGACGAGGACGGGCGGCGGAUCUUAGCGGGCGGCGCGAAGGUGACGGUGAAGGUGACACCAAAGGCGGGCGUGCCUGGCCAGGAGCAGAUCGCAGCGAUCAAGGACCACGGCGACGGGUCGUACACGGCUGCUUACACCGUACAGCACCGAGGAGAUUACACGGUCAACGCGGAAGUCAACGGUAGUCCCAUCAUGGGCAGCCCGUUCCCGGUUUUCUUCAGCGCCGCUACAGCCGGUCAACAGGCGUCAACGCAGCUUCCGGUGGCGGUCAACGCGGCGCCGGCACCGCCGCUGAUGCCGACGCCGUCGCUGCCGACUCCGCAACUGCCGACGCCGCAAAUGGCGCCGGGCAUGCAUAACCCGUUGAUGGCGGCGGCGCUGCAGUUCCGCGGGCUGCUGCCGAGCAUGGGGGGAAUGCCCUUCACCAGCCCGUACCCCGGCAUGGCGGGCGGCGUGCUCCCCGGAACCGGAGGAUUGACGAACAUGCCUCUUGCGCCAUCAGCGGCGGCGAUGGCGGCGGCGCAGAGCAUCAUGGCGGUGCAAGCCAUGCAGGCGCAGGCGCAGGCGCAAGCACAGGCGCAGGCGCAGGCGCAAGCGCAAGCUCAAGCGCACGCGCAAGUGCACGCACAGGCGCAGGCCCAGGCUCAGGCGCAAGCGGCGGCGGCAGCGGCGGCGAUUCAACAGCAGAAGCUGCUGCAGCAGAAGAGCGAAUACAUCGAGGACUUUUAUUCGGCGAUGGACGACGACGAGUUGGAGCGAACGAUGCACGUCACCAACGUCAGCGCCAUCCUCACGCCCGAGCAGCUUCGCCAGCUCUUCGCCUUCUGCGGCACGGUUACCCGCUGCGAAUUCCUCAACGACAAGAAAACCGUCGCACACGUGCGGUUCGGGAAAGCCGACGAGGCGAAAGCGGCGCUCGCGCUGAACAACAUGGCGGUCGGCGACAAACAGCUCAAAGUCGAGCUCGCGAAAACCGCGAAAGCCACGCGCCAGGCCGUCCUCACCGCGCUCGCUCCGCCCGCCCCCGCCCCCGCACCCGCGCCCGCGCCCGCCGCCCUCGCGCCGUCCCCUGCGACGGCCGCUGCGACGUCGCAGAUGGCGAUGCAGCAGGCCGUCGCAAUGCCGUUCAUGCAGUUCCAACAGGCGCUCGCGAUGCAGCAGGCGCUGGCGCAGCAGUACAGCCGCACUAGGGACUGGGAGGCGGAGGAUAAGGAGAGGGAGAGGGAGAGAGAGCGGGAGAGGGAGAGGAAGAUUGAGAGGGAUCGGCAGAGGGAGAAGGAGAGGGAGUUACAGAGGGCGAGAGAGAGGGAACGCGAGAGAGAAAGAGAGAGGGAGAGGGCGAAAGAGAGGGAGAAGGAGAAGGAGAGGGAGAGGGAGAGGGCUAGGGAGCGUGAGAAGGAGAGGGAAAGAGAAAGGGCGAGGGAGCGUGGGCGGGACGAGAGUGAUGACGACGAGGAGAGCGAGGAGGAUGAGGAGGAGCGGCGUCACAGGCGCAGCAGGAAGAGCAAGAAGAGCCACAAGCGGCGGCGCAGCCGCCACGACGAAGAUGAGGAUGAGGAGGAAGGAAAAAAGGGGUCGUCUGAUGAGGACGAGAGAGAUGAUAAGGACAGGAAGGAGGGUGGUCGUGGGGGAAGGCGGAAGGAGAGAGGGUCUGAUGAGGAGGAGGAGAAGGGUGGAAGGCGGAGCAGCAGGAAGAGGUCGGGGCGAGAUGAGUCUGAUGAGGAGAAGGGGCGGUCUUCUAAGGAUAAGAAGCACCACAGCCGCAGCCACCGCUCCAGGCGUCGCUCGCCUUCCCUCUCUCCUGCCCGUGGCAAGGACAGUCGCCGCCCGGCCUCCGAUGACGACUCUCCUUCUCGCAGCGACUGA